AUGAUCGGAAUCUCAACAUCUCGCACGGAAGCAGCAACCUACGUCGAUAUGGACAUGCUUUCCUCGACUCCCACUCCAGCAUCUGCUCCAGACACCAUACUCGAGUCCAUUGAGAAACAAUGUAUAGUCUUCCAGUCCCGCAUCGACUCCUAUCAACACGAACUCAACCGCAUCCAAGCCGAAAAUGCAGACAUCCACCACAAACGUAACGUUCACAAGCAAGAGCAUGGUCGUGACCGACUCAUCGACAGUGCGUCUCCAGAUUCAAUGGUUGUCAAGCAAGAAGAUACGGAGGAGGACUUGUCUCCGGACUGGAGAAGGCGACAUUGUCGUUCCAUGAUCUCUUCUUCAGCGGAAAUGUUCAAAGCCUAUAACGUGCGCUCGAACAAGCUAAUGGUCUGGACAGAGGGCUCGAAGAGCGAACGCGCAGUACGAAACGAGAACGGAGCGGCGCCACGCGAGUGGCUCCAAGAGCUGACUUGGUCCCAUGCUUCUGAACCCCACGGAUACGACUUAUCAGUAAAGUGCCGUGUCUUCGAAAUGAUAUUCUGGGCCACGAUCGGACUUUCUGCUUGCCGAAGAGCUCUGUCAAGUCAAUUUAACAAUCUCACGUAUACUCGUAACACAGAAUUUACAACGUCCCAUCAUCGCAUCGCUUGA